AUGUGGCUAGUCAAAGCCCGCGGCUCAGUCAACGGGCAAUCAGAGUUCACAUUCGUGCUUGAGCAGCGCCGGUCUUACCUCGUAGGGCGCGACAAGGCCGCCGACAUCCGCUUCGGUGACCGUGCAGUCCGCCCCAAGGAAGGCGUCCUCGAGGUCGGGGACUGGAAUCCUGCGGAUUUCAAGACACCACCUACGCUCAGCUGGCGCGUCGAGCCGAAGAAGAACGGCACCUUCCCCCCUACCAAGGCGCUCAGCCAACGCCUCCCGUCCGCGACGUACCGCAGAGACGACUAUGACGUUGAAGAGCUAGACGGAGGGGUUAGCUACGACUUUGCACCCAUCGGGAACGGGAUCAGCAUCGUCACCGGUGUAGACUUCUACGCCGAGUGGCAGGACCUGCAGAUCGCGUACGACGGGUUCAAGAACGAGACGGAGGAAUUCAAGGACGGUCUCAGGAAGCAUUGUGUGUCGUGGACGACGAAGACCGACGCAAACACGGAUGUCGUCGUGGCCGAGGAGCUAAGCAACGCCUCGAACCCCUCACUGGCAGUGUGUUACGGCGUGCCGAUUGUCACCUCUGGAUGGCUCAGCAUCCUCAGUAACCGCCUCAAGGUGUGCUGGAAGAAGACCGCCGACUGGGAGGACUCGUUCACCAUGCCCGACUUGGACGACUUCCUUCCCAAGAUGAAGGAGGGUCUACCGACACACCGCGCCGACCCAGGCUCAUGGCGGAUUGACGCGUCCAACCGCACUCUCUUCGAGAGAUUCUACGUCAUUGGCCUCAUGGGUCCCAGAAAACAAUUGAAGGACAGUGUCUACCUGUCCGCGAUGGGAGCAACGUACAGGGAGCUCGACAUGCUCUCGUCCCCACCAGCGUCUGGGUCAGGCUUCCUGGAACGCCUCGCGCCCAUUCGCGCCAGCGCUGAUGCAGAAGGCCGCGAGAUCAUCAUCGCAUACCUCCCCUCGCUCAAGAAGGACUUAGAGGCAAAGGGUGUCAGCUUCGAUGACGCCGUCACCAACCCAUCCUACAAGGCGAAUAUCUACCUUGGCGGAGUUGGUCCGCUUGUGUGGGGCGUGGUGAGGGAUGGAAGUGUGGAGGAGUACUUCAGGAGGAAGACUGGCGGACGUCCUGAGCAAUCUGCUUCAGUGUCCGCGGGAACAGCCGCAGCAACCCGCGAGGAGCUGGCUCCACCCGAACCUGCACCUGCAGAGGCAGCGACGGCCGAGCCCAUGCGGCCAACACGGAGAUUAACCCGCCGAGCGGGCACCGCGUCGCGCUCAGCCUCCCGGGCUGCCUCCGUGCAGUCAGACGUCGUCCCAUCAACAUAUCCCGAUCCGGAAACCGUAGACCCAGAGGGAGCGCCGACACCUCCAACUGAGGAGCCUGCAACCCUAACCAAACCGGCGGUGAAGAAGCCACUCCGCCGCCGCGCUGGCCGAGCCAAGGUUGAUGUCGACGACGACAUGGGCAUGGAUGAUGCGACUCAAGCUGGCCCAUCACAGCCUGCGCCGUCGUUUGCAGCGGACACCCAGUUCUCGUCUGGUGCUUCUGGAACUCAACUGUUCCCUGGGAUACACGCAAGCCACCGAGUUCCAGACUCCUUCGCCCUUGACACGCAGGCCGGCUCUAUGGCCCCACCGUCGACGGCUCGUCCAGGCACACGCAGGCUCAAGCGGCGGGCUGGUGCCACUCAAGCGUCGUCAGUCUUAGACGACUUCGACACGACGAUUCAGUACGAGGAGGAGGUCAAAAAGCAGCAGAAGGCUCGCGAGAUUCGUGACCUUUACGAGGAGACCAAGCGCGAGACGGAGAGCCUCAACCCCCAACCGACCAAGCGCCAACGUACACGGGGUCCCCGUCAGGAAUCUGUCGAAGAACUCAUGGAAAUCGACGAGGAAGACUUCGUGACGAAGGCCAUCCGCGCGCGCCCGAAACGUGGUGCAUCAGCCAAGUCUGCUCCUCAGUUGGCGAGGGAGACGCCGGAGACCACCCGCGAUGAGACUCCUGAGGAGGUCGAGGUCCCUACCAAAACGGACGCGAGCCCGGUCAAGAAUGCCAGCAAGAGUCAGGCGAAGAAGACCAACAAGGCCCCAUCUAAGACCAAGAGCAAGGACGGGACCCCAGAUGAUUUACCCAUGCCGCCAUCACAGGUAGACAAAGAUGAGGCCUUCCUGCAGGCGAUCAAGAAGUCGAAGAAGGCCGGUCUGGACGACAUGGACCGCGAGUUCAACGCCAUGCAUAUCCGCAAGGCGGCCCAACAGAAGAAGGACGUGGAUUACGCGGUCGUCCGCGACUUUAACGACGAUCUGCGCGGUAACUUUAUCGAGAUUGUCCGCAAGGACCUCCUCCGCGCGGAUCCACCGCGGGUCUUACCUCCACUGGCAGACGACGGCCGGCCGAAUUUUAAGAAGUUUAAGAAGAAAAACAUCACUCGCCGCCAACCGCUGCAGGUGAUGCUAGCUGUGUCGACGGAGGCGGCGGAGAUGGGUGAGCAACCCUAUUGGAAGGCGGAGGCCGUGGAGACACAGCGUGGUACACAGCGCGGCUCCCAGAAGAAGUUGCAAGGGACACAGUCCAAGACGCAGUCUCAGGGUGUUGCCAUGCUUGAGGACGAAGACGAUGCGCCACUCCUUCCGCGUUCGAAGCGCCGCACCCUCACCCAGAUCCAGGAGGAGGAGGACGCAGAGGGAGAAUUCGUUCCUGUGGCAAAUACGCGCCGCCGCGGUAUCACGCCUUUGAGCCAGUCACAGGCAGACCCAGCCCCUCGCCGCCGCAACACGCGUGCCGGGAGUGCAAUCUCGGAGCGAUCGAAUUCGACUACGCCUGCUCCUCCUCCCACGCAGUCUCGUACUCGGCGCGGAACCCAGGCGUCGCGUGCGGUGGUGUUUGACGAUGGAUCGGACGAUGAGCCUGUGUUCGCAACUGCUCGCUCAACCACGCGUACGCGUGGAACACGCAGUGCGGGAGUGUCGAGCACUGUGCCUGCUAGCGGGCUCUCGACGAUUAAUUUUGACUACGAGGUGCCGAGCAGCACGCGUGCAACUGCGGGUUCGACUCGCGCAUCUGCUCGUCGUAAGCUGCUUGUGGAGGACGACGAUGAUGACAUUGUGUUUAAGGGCCCUGCCGCUACUUUCUCUUCCACCAAAACCUCAAAAAUGGCUCCUAUCGGCAAGCUCUAUGGCUUCUCUGGAAACUCGCGCUUCCGCCGCGCCCUCGCGGUCGCGACCUACGCCGGCCUCGAAGUGGAGACUGACCCCAACUUCACCAUGAAGGACGGCGCCUGGAAGACCCCCGAGUUCCUCAAGAAGUUCCCUCUUGGCUACCUCCCCGCGUUUGAGGGUGCCGAUGGCCUCUGCCUCCAGGAGUCGGGUGCUAUUGCGGACUACUUCGCGUCGCUCGCCCCUAACUCGGACCUCGUCCCCGCCGACAAGGAGGUCGCCGCUGAGGUCCGCGAGUGGCAGUACUUUGCCGACCAGGAGAUCAUGAUCAAGACUGGUGUUGCCAUGCGGAUGCUCAACAACCGCCUCCCCUACAACAAGCCCGUCUUUGAGGGCGUCCUUGGCGAGGUUAUGGGCCGUCUCGAGACCCUCGACAAGAUCCUCCUGAAGAAGACCUACAUCGUCGGCGAGCGCCUCACCAUCGCCGACAUCUUCCUCGCCACUUCCCUCACCAACUCGUUCACCUCGCUUGUUGACGCCUCGCUCCGUGCCAAGGUCCCCAACGUUGUGCGCUACACCAACACGGUCGUCCGCCACCCCAAGAUCGCCAAGGUCUUCGGCACCGUCGAGUUCAUUGAGAAGAUGCCUGCGUUCCAGGCUCCGGCCAAGGCCCCCAAGAAGGAGAAGGCCCCCAAGGAGGAGAAGCCCAAGGCCGAGAAGAAGGAGAAGAAGCCCAAGGAGAAGGAGCCCGAGGACGAGGACAUUGACCUUGCCCCUCCUGCGCCCAAGGCCGAGCGCAACCCCCUUGACGACCUCCCGAAGUCGUCGUUCAACCUCGAGGAGUGGAAGCGCCAGUACUCGAACCUCGACACCCGCGGUGCCAACAGCUCGCUCGAGUGGUUCUACAAGAACUUUGACUGGGAGGGCUUCUCGAUCUGGCGCAUGGACUUCAAUUACAACGACGAGCUCACCAUGACCUUCAUGUCCAACAACCAGAUUGGCGGCUUCUUCACUCGUCUCGAGGCGACCCGCAAGUACGCGUUCGGUUCGACGGGUGUCCUCGGCGUGAACAACGACUCGGUCAUCGCCGGUGCCCUCAUUGUCCGUGGCCAGGACGCCCUCCCCAUCGUCUCAGCCGCCCCCGACCACGAGUCGUACACCUUCACCAAGCUCGACGUCCAGGGCAAGCCCGAGGACAAGGAGUUCUUCGAGGGUGCCCUCGCCUGGGACCUCAAGAUCGACGGCAAGGAGUUCGCCGACGGCAAGGUUCUCAAGUAA